UUGACUUUUCCUCGAUCUGGAGGAAGAAGUUUCCUUCCACAUUCUUUCCUUGUUCUUUGAGGACAUUCGAUGGAGGGUCUGCCCUGCAAAUUUCGCUCUUCAGAAAUCUCCAAGAAUGGUUUCUUCUUCUUCUUCUUGGCAUUCGACAUAUGAUGUAUUUCCGAGUUUCAGUGGCGAAGAUGUUCGAAGAACCUUUCUGUCCCACGUUCACGAGGAGUUCGAACGGAGAGGAAUCUUUACGUUCAAAGACAACGGAAUAGCGAGGAGUCGAUCCAUCGGCCCUGAACUUGAGCGAGCCAUCCGAGAGUCGAGGAUUGCGAUCGUCGUUCUCUCCAGGAACUACGCUUCCUCGGGCUGGUGCUUGAACGAGCUGCUUCAGAUCAUGAAACAGAGGAGAACUUCAGAGCAAACAGUCAUGACGGUUUUCUACCAACUGGAUCCAUAUGAUGUAAGGAAGCAUACCGGCAAAUUCGGAAGGGCUUUCAUGAAAACUCAUGUCGGUAAAUCAUCGGAGGAGAAGCAAAGAUGGAAGCAUGCUCUAACCGAGGUUUCCAACAUAGCCGGAGAGCAUUCAGAGAAAUGGUACGUUAUGUCCUUUUUGUCCGAUUUCCACUCUUUCAUCUCUUCUCCUUCGCAUUUUCAUGUGAGUUGGUUUAGGGUCUAGGGUUUGGGUUUGGGGUUUAGGGUCAGGUUAG